AGCGUCACAAAGGAACAGUUCAAUUUCUUCAAAAUAGUAAUCCUUCUAAUAGAAUAUGGCACAAAAGUUCUAAGGGAGAAACUGAAAAAUGAACUUUCAAAAUGUCACAGACAAUUUCAGGAAUGGUUGAAAGUCUCCUGCCACGAACUGAUACAUCUUCACAAACUUGAUCAAUGUUGUAAGUGUACUUCUUCCCCGACCAGACGAAAGGAGCUUAUCAAUAAAAAACAGCUGAUAUUGUUGUUCGUUGAAGACAGAGGACAAACUUGUACUAGACCGAACAAGAACAAAGAUCGUUUCUGCUGUUGUAGUUUCAAGGUAAAUACAGGCAUUACCGAAGAAGACAUGGAUAUAACACUACUUUCAUGCUUUCUUAUCAAUAUUGUAAAACUGAAUGUUUCUGAUAGAAAAUUGGUAGAGGAACUGAGAGACAAAAGAAACGGUUUGUCCCACGUGAAUUCGACUACAAUACCAACGGAGGAGUUCGAGAAAACAUUUCAGGAUAUCACACAUAUAAUCAAUGAGGUUGCGAAAGGAUUCGACACCGAGCUAUUUGAAACGCUUCGCAGUCAGAUGAUAAAACUGGAAAGUUUACCACAACCCGUAUCCUCUACAACGGAAUUGGGUGUGACGUGUUCUGAAGAUGCCCAGACAAACACAGAGCCAAUCAGUGACACUAAGGCCACUAGUCUCCAGGUUCAGGAUUAUCUACGCCAUCUUAGCUGGGAAGACUUACAGGAUUUGCCGGAACAAAUACUGAAACAGCUGACAGAACAAGUCGUAGGGUCGAGCCAGUCUUGUUUCCAGUCAGCAAAAGAAAUGACCCGUUUGGCCUUGGAUCAGCAUGUGUCUCCAGAAAACGUUUUCCAUCCAACUCAACAACUUAAGGAUUCUUUUCACAUCUUGUACACGAAACAUGUGCUUCUGCUUUAUGGGAUAGCCGGAAGUGGGAAGACAACUCUUGCCUAUGAAAUAAUGCUCCACAUGCGUCAUGACUUAACCCCUGUAAUACUAUCUAACCCUGAUCAGGUGAAAAGCAUCCGCCCUAACGAUGAAGUCCUUGUCUUCCUUGAUGACAUUAUAGGCAGGUCUGCCUACUCUCAGGACAAUGCCCUUAAAUGGUACCCCGUGUUCCAUCACAUGUAUAUAUUGUCACGGCAAGGUAGUCCGCGUUUUAUCAUGGCUUUUCGUGAAAACGUAUAUGAAGAUUUCCGCAACGAUAUAGACGCGUUUGACAACAUGCUAUUCUGUCAGGAACACCUUGUGAAUGUAACCCGUAUGACGUUAGUAGAAAAAGAGGAAUUGCUGGGUAAAUAUUGCAGCGAAAAAGGGGUGGCAAUAUACUAUGGAAAAGGGUGCGCUGCAGCAACUGAUUCCCCAAAAAGCCUUGAUAAGAACACUUUCAAUCAGAUUUGCAACACUGAAACACUGACAGGAUUUCCACAAAGCUGCUUUCUUUUUUUCUUCAAUGAUGUAUUUUUUCAAAUGGGACAAGAUUUCUUCAAACAUCCUGAUCAGUCACUCAUUGCAAAAGUUGACCGGUUGAGGAAGUCAAAGACGAGCGAUUCCGUUUGCAGUACGCAGUCCUGGCACACAUGAUGCUAACCGACGGCGAUAUAAAUUUGCAGACAUUGGCCGAAAGCGCAGACUUUAAACAAGUUACAAAUGAGUUCGAUCUUAAAGCGAUCACGUGCAGCAAGCUUCGUGAUUGUAUUGAAGAAGACAAUGUGCGAAGUUUGCUGCUACUGAAUAAAGAUGAAAUUGUUUUUCGCCAUCAGACAGUCAAAGAAGCUGUAUUUUUGUCGUUCAGCAACCAUUUUCCCGACAAGAUUUUUCUUAAGUGUAAGCUUCAGCUCAUACAGGAUUUCUUGAGAAGUAGGUCAUACGAUCCGAAAAGAGGCGAGACGGCUGUAAUACUGCAAGAUCGCUGCUUCACCACCUUUUCCUCUAGAAUAAUUGAUGAAAUUCUUCAGAACAACAACUACUAUCAAUGUGUGCGGUUGCAGGUUUUCGAAGACAGCAGCUUUACAAAAAUGUUUGUCAGUGCUCUGCUAAUCGCGCUGAGAGACAGAGAUGAUUCCAGUGAAGUUGUAAAGAAAUUACUUCUCUACUCAAGUGAGCACGGGAACAACGAUUUGCUCUCUGAACUUCUCCACGUGUGUGUUAUUUGCGAUGAUAACUGUGAUCCAGACACAACGAAAGAAGUAAAUAUUUCUAUGACGUAUUUCAGAGAGGAAAUACUCUCAACAGCAAUCAGAAAAGGACAAGUGAAAGCCAUAACAAUAAUUUUGAAAAAAGAGAGAAAGGUACUAUACCGGUCGAAAUGUGGUCUUUUACCGAUCCACACUGCCAUUUGGACAGGUAUUCGCCCCGUUUGUGACAUUCUCUGGGAUGAGUACGAUACGGAGACAAUAUGUAUGCCGUCCUUCAAUGACACGUCUGGAAGACGAUGUAUCCAUUACUGCGCAAUGCGAGGCUAUAUUGACAAGAUUCGCGAGAUAAAAUCACAGGGUGACGAGUUUGUGAUGGCAGUCGAUGCUCGAAGUCAGUCAGCCCUACACUAUGCUGCGUAUGGUGGUCAAUAUCAGAUAUUUCACGAGCUAUUAGGGUACGGUCUUAGCAUAGCCGACAGGACAAUAGAGAAGCAUUCCGUCCUCCAGGUAUUGCUGAUAUCAUUGGACUAUGACGAACGAUGUAACAUUCUGCCUCAAAUACCGCAAAACAUAUCGAAGGCCAUAUCGGGUGACAGUGUUUUGUGGAACAGUGAUUACUACAGAGCCCUAGAUUACCUUCUGGAAAUUCCUGGUACAGACCUGAAUGACCUCGAUGUUAUCAUCCAUAAGACACAUGAUUACAACGUAGCUCAUUACGCAUGUAUCGACAACGCUGAUUCUGUAGUUUCGCUUCUGUUGAACAAAAGGCGUGAUCUAUUUACAAAAAGAAACGGUACCAGAUUACCCAUGGUAUGGGACAUCGCGGCCUUUCUAGGGAGGUUUUCCAUCCUCAAAACACUUUUUAGAUGUGGCUUGAUUCACGACACAGACAGAUCUAGUCUUGCUCGGAAAGCCAAGCAAGGCCGGAAGCAGGCACGAGCUAUCAACUUAAAGGACAGGCGACUGCUGCUUAAUCGCCACGAAAGAGAAAAGAUAUGGCCAGACUCCAGUUUCCCAUUUGUAAUUUUUGGGCAGGAGUAUGACUACGACGAAAUCGAGAAAUUCCUAAAACAAUAAUAAUACAGAAUCGUAGAGUCAUGAUAUUAAAAAAAUACUAUUGAUUUAAAAUGGAAUGUUUAAUAUUGUAAACAUAACUUUUAGCGGCAAUCUCAUUUUAGUGUUUUUCGCGCGUAAAACUUUUCGCUGAUUGAUGAUUGCCUAAUAGCACUUGGUUUGUAUUCGUUAGGUUGCUAAAAAUUGAGUGCACCAAAUUUAGUAAUUUUACAGUAAUUAAUACGAAGGUGAAUGUGCGGAAAUAGUUUUUAAAUAAUCCGAAAAAGAUCGUUGUCAUCCUGGUGUUAACUGAUGAAUAUUGAUUAUCGUCGUUCAACAUCCCUCUUGAAUUUAAAUAGUUACUAAUAAAAACUUCUGAAACAGUACGCACAGCAGUCAACAAUAUAUAUUGAGUCAAUCUGUUCAAUACAAUAUGAUGAUACAUUGUUUUAACGAAAAGUAUGGCACUAGAGUAUGGUUCUCUAUGAAUUGUUUAUUAAAGUUUACUCUUUUUUCCAUAAAAUAUCA